ACAACAUUCUUUUUUUGGCUGCGGGGGGUUCUGUCUUUUUAACUAGCUAGGCGUGUCCUUUUCUCCUUCAUUUCUCUUAUUUAUUUGGAUUUAAAUCCAGCUUGAGCUUAGUAAUCUUCCCUACCAUCUGAUUCAUCCGUCAUUUCUACAUCCUGCAUGUGAAAGAUGCCGAGUCGUCAACGCCGCCCCACUGAGAAGGCUCAGGAGUCAAAAGCCAGUACGCCGGCAGCAAUGGCAGCUACAGUUAUGGAGCAGCCGCCUCAGGUCCUUAAGAAACUUCUGCACUGGAACGACUUGCCCCAUUGGCAGCGCGACAAUCAUCACAUUCAUAGUGGAUACCGACCAGCCUCGUUCUCGUUCCUGAUCUCUUUCCAAUCGUUGACAUAUAUACACAAUGAGACGGUUAAUAUAUAUACGCAUCUAUUGCCGUCACUACUGGCUGUCCCCGCGGCAGUCUUGCUUCAUCGCGUUCUAGCACCUCGUUACGAGACGGCUACCCAGGCUGACAUCAUUAGCUUCGCCUGCUUUUUCGUGGGAGCUGCUCUGUGCCUGGGGAUGUCUGCGACGUACCAUACCAUUUCGAACCACUCGCCGACUGUCGCGCGUAUAGGCAAUACCCUUGAUUAUGCCGGUAUCGUAGCUCUGAUUGUGGGCAGUUUCGUCCCUAGUGUAUACUAUGGGUUCUACUGCGAGCCUGGGCUGCAGCGACUAUAUUGGACAAUGAUCGGCACCAUUGGGAUUGGCUGUGUGUUUGUUUCGAUUAUGCCCCAAUUUCGGACUCCCCGGUGGCGGCCAUUUCGCGCCGCCAUGUUUGUCGGCAUGGGCCUAUCAGCGGUGUUUCCCGUCAUCCACGGGCUACAAAUGUAUGGCCUUGACCAGAUGACGCGCCAGAUAGGGCUCGGGUGGCUGCUACUUCAGGGAUUCUUGUAUAUCCUGGGAGCUGGGAUCUACGCCGCUCGGGUCCCCGAACGUCUGCGACCGGGCCAGUUCGAUCUUUGGGGUAGUUCGCAUCAGAUCUUUCAUGUGCUGGUGGUGUGUGCUGCUGUGGCUCAUCUGACUGGGCUACUGAGGGCAUUUGACUACCGACAUAGUGGGAUUGCUGAGAGCUGCUCCUGGAACUGACUGGGUGAUUCGCCGAGGCAACCGCAGGAUCACACGAGCAGCGACAGGCUAUAGUUAACCAUGUAGCAAUAAUCCAAUCCGAUGUAAUAGACG